AUGGGACCCGGCUCGGAGGCUAGAGUGGUCCUGGUCUCCCCAGAGGAAAACAGGCUCCGCUACGCAAUCAACCUCCACUUCAUGGCCUCGAAUAAUGUCACGGAAUAUGAAGCCCUCGUCAACAGGCUACGAAUCGCCAUCGAGCUCGGCGCAACAUGGCUUUACGUCCGCGGUGACUCGGAGCUGGUGGUCGACCAAGUCAUGAAGGAAUCUUCCUGUAAGAGUCCCCUCACGGCAGCGUACUGCCAAGAGGUACGCAAGCUCGAGGGCAAGUUCCAAGGGAUCAAGCUGCAUCACAUCCCGCGAAAGGACAAUGAUGCCGCAGACUCCCUCGCGAAACUGGCGGUCAAACGGGGCUCGCCCCCGGACGGGGACUUUGUGAAGGACCUCCACGAGCCAUCCGCCUGCAUCCGGGAGGAUUCGACCCAGAUGCGGCCAGCUCCUGAUCGCAUGCUCGGGAGCUCCAACGCAUCGACACAACCCAACUUCGACCAAGCGCUCGGGGGCUCCAACCCCGACACCGCGGUAAUGUUGCUUGACCCGAUCGACCGGAGGGCGCCACUACUAGCCUACAUCCUUGAAGAAGUCCUCCCCCGGAGAGGACGGAAGCGCGCCGAAUCGCUCGACGCGCCAAAACGUUCGUUGCCAUCGGUGAUGCACUUACAAGUGGAGUCCGUCGGGAAUACUCAUGUUGCAUCCUGA